CCACUCAAAACUCGCAUCGAAUUCGAAUUAGCUCUAAAAUGAACGCUUGGUAAUACCGGGGAAAAAAAUUAAGAUUUUUUAUCCCAACUCUUCCCUAUUCUCCUCUUCCUCUUCGUUGGGUUUUUUUUUUCUUUUCUUUUUUUCCCUUUUUCUUUGGUUUUCUUUGGUUUUCUUUUUUUUAUUUUUUAUUUUUUAUUUUUUGGGUACUGUCCUCUUCGUUGGUUGAUGCAACAUUUGAAGAAGAAACCCAGAAUAUCAAGCAAAAACCAGUUAAAAGUAGAGGAAGACUCCCAUCAGCUAAUUGCCGCCGUUGUCCUGUUCUUCGUAACCCGGCAAGGUCUUCGUACUCCGGCGAGGUAUUCGACGUCUCCGUCUCCCGCCGCUCUGCAGUGUUCUGAGGUCAAACAAAUCUGCUCCAUCCUUGGAUGCAAAUCCCAACUUAAUGAUCUCAGUGGCACCGUCGUCAGAAUCAAAGCUGCACUCGAGGAUGCUGAAGCCAAGCAAGAGCUAUCCAAGCAAGACCGGUUGUUUAUCGAGGAACUCAAAGAUGCAGUUUAUGAUGCUGAUGAUCUCUUCGAUGAGUUUGUCACUCUUGCUGAACGAAAAAAGCUCAGUAAGGGUAUCAAGGUUCGUGUCCUUGCUUUAUUCGGCAAGUAUGGGACGGCUUAUAAGAUGGCUCAAGGGGUUAAGAUGAUCAAGAAAAAGUUGGAUGCUAUUGCCUCUGAUACUCGGUUCAACUUCAACAUUGAUCCUAAGCCUAUCAGGAAUAGAAGGCUUGAAUCAUGUUCUUAUGUGUAUGAAGCUGAUAUCAUUGGAAGAGAGCCUGAUUUGGAGAAAAUUGUUGGUGUGUUGCUAGAUCCUAUUGUUCAACAAAAUGUAUCUUUCCUCCCUAUUGUAGGGAUGGGUGGGUUAGGCAAAACUGCUCUUGCCCAACUCGUGUUUAACGAUGCUAGGGUUAAAAAUACAUUUCCAUUGAUGUUGUGGACUUGUGUCGCUGAUGAAAAUCAGGAAUCUCUUGAUGUAAAAGGGGUUCUUAGUAAGAUUCUAGCUUCGGCUAAUAAGGGUCAUAUGAAGAAUGAAGGUUGUACCAUGGAUGGGUUGCAAAGCCAACUUCGAGAACAACUUGCUGGUAAAAAAUACUUGCUUGUUUUGGAUGAUGUGUGGACUGAAAAUUCUGAACAAUGGCGUAUAUUGACACAAUUUUUGAUGGGAGGUCAAAGGGGAAGUUGGAUUGUCGUAACUACACGCUCAAAGAAGACAGCAAGAAUCAUAGGAGACGGUCCAAGGCAUGAGCUGCAAGGUUUGUCCAAGGAUAAUUCAUGGUGUUUGUUUAAAAGGGUAGCAUUUGGAUCCCAGCACGCAAACCCUCCUGAAGACUUGGUUAAAGUUGGUGAAGAUAUUGUUGUGAGAUGUGCCAACGUCCCUCUUGCAAUUAGAGUGGUGGGAAGUCUUCUUUAUGAUCAAGAAAAACAUAAGUGGCUUUCAGUUCAGAAGCUGGGAUUAGCAAAAGUUGGAGGAGGCCAAGUUGGCAUCAUUCCUAUAUUAAAGCUUAGUUAUUAUCAGCUUGACUCCCCACUAAAGUGUUGUUUUGGAUACUGUGCGAUCUUCCCUAAAGACCAUCGCAUUUCGAAGAUGAAAUUGAUUCAGCUCUGGAUGGCACAAGGCUACAUUCAGCUAGAUGGUCGUCAUCUAAAUAUGGAAGAUGUCGCUGAGGAAUUUUUUUCAAUCCUGUUGCGGAGGUGUUUUUUCCAAGACGUGGAAAUAAUUGAUGGUGAAAUUUGGUCAGUUAAGAUACAUGAUUUGAUGCACGACGUUGCUCAAGAAGUCGCAGGAAAGGAGAUUUGCAUAGUGAAUACCAUAAAUGGAGAUGUCGAUAAAAAAGUUCGCCAUCUAUCUGUUUUUAACACUAGAUCUUCAGGUUUAUCUUUUACUAAGACCCACAUACGUUCAUAUCUUUCUUUUGAUUACAAGAUGGGUGGGUCUUGUGUUGCUGCAUUACUAGCGAAUUGGAAGCAUCUACGGGCUUUGAGCUUGAAAAAUUUACAAAUAAAGAGUUUGCCUGACUCAAUAGGUGAAUUGAUACAUUUAAGAUAUCUAGACCUCUCCCACAACAAAGCACUAGAAAUUCUCCCCAGACCAAUUACCAAACUGCAUAAUCUUCAGACUUUUAGUUUAUUCGGCUGUUACAGUUUGAAAGAAUUGCCGAAAGAUUUGAGCAAGCUAGUUAAGCUGAGGGUCUUGGACUUAAUCGGUUGCAGUCAGCUGAGUUAUCUGCCAAGAGGCAUUGGUAAUUUGACUUGCCUUCACACGCUUAAUACGUUCAUGCUGAGAGAUUGGAGAUCAAACCAGGAGUUGUUUUCUGGGCUAGAAGACCUGAAAGCUCUUAGGAACUUGAAAGGUUUUCUUGAAAUCCAAAUACCCUUCAUGCACAUGGGUGCAAGUGCUGUCAGAAAAAAUGGUGGUAAGGAGGGGAGCUCCUUGGGGAACAAGGAACAUUUGAAAGAAGUGAAGUUUUGUUUCAGUGGGUCGGAGGGUAAGGGAAGGGUGGAGUAUGAUGAAGCAGUAAUGGAAGAGUUGCAGCCACACCCUAAUCUUGAGAGGUUUCGGGUGUAUUAUUAUCGGGGUGUGAGAAUGUCAAGCUGGCCGAUGGAAGAUAAACUGACUACCUUUCUCCCUAAUCUUGUUCAUAUGGUAUUUUGGUGCUGUCCAAAUUUGCAGUAUUCAGGACAAUUACGGUUUCCUCGGUUGAAAACAUUAGAGGUGUAUAGGUGCCCAAACCUAAUAGCUUUUAUGCAGUGUCCUGCAUUGGAAGACCUAACUUUACAUGAUUUCAAUAAAGAAUUGGAAAUAAUUCCAAUGAGAAGAAUAAAGAGUAAAGAAUUUGGGGAGGCAACUCCUAGUGUUAUUCCUGCAUCUUCUUCUUCACUUUCUUAUGAUAUUGGUCUCAAGCUUACAAUAGACAACGUGGCAUGGCUUAAUUCUCUGCCAAUGGACUCUUUUCUGGGCGUUGUGGAGCUGGUUAUACAGGAGGACAUUGAGGUGGAGAGUUUGGGAGAAGCCAAGGAGGUGUUCUGUAGCUACUCAUCUUCCCUGAUAUCCUUGAAAAUUAAAAGCUGCUCAAAAUUGAAGAGUGUUGUGUUUGGAGGAUUAGAGCAUCUCACUGCGUUAGAGAAUUUGGAAAUUGAAAACUGCUCCCACCUGAUUCCUUCAGAAGAAGUAGAGAGAGAGGAUGGCAUGCCAUGGCAACCCGUUCAUCACCCCCUCCGCUCCUUGUACAUGGGCUUCCUCCCUCGGCUAGUAGAUCUGCCCAAUUGGACUCAGUACUUGACUUCCCUCGAAACCCUUCAGAUUAAGUAUUGCAAAGGACUGGAAUCCGUGCCGAAUUGGAUGUCCGAACUCACCUCCCUCAAGGAACUUAAGCUCGGGUUCUCCUCAGAACGCCUCAUAGAAAGAUGCAAACAAUACACUGGUGAGGACUGGCCCCACAUUGAACACAUACCUGAAAUUAGGUUAUACGAUAACUUAAAAGAGUUGAGGCGGUAGGUUAGAACGUAUUGUUGUGUACGAUCAUCUGCACAAGGCUUGUUGCGACAGGGUCUAUGCCAAUUAGUGCGGAAAUUUGAACAGUAAGUUUGGUUUCAGACAUACCAAGUGCAAGAGCAAAGGGUGAUGGACGGGCAUAUUCAGUUCUAUCUCGUAAUGGAUUUCUAACAGGGGGUUGCUGAGCGAAUAGAGUCUACUAGUGUAUCAACCUACGCCGAUUUACAUCAACAAUAAGGAACAUGGACAUAGGUGCUGAAACUGAGUACAGAGUCUAAGUUUCAUAAUGCAGGACUAUGAAAUAAUCUAAAAGCAUUCCCAAGGUUGGUAUCGUACCUUGGAUAAUAUUAUGCACCAGGGUUAGCAAGAUGUUUCUGCCGUUUUGGGUGGUUGUUCGAGCAGUCAUAGCUGUUUAGUUCAGGAUUCUGAUGUCUGAGUGAAUGCCUCGAAAUAGGAAGGAUAAUGUUGCUGGUUUUGCUGCACUGCCACAAAGGUAUAAAUAAAGCACACGCAAAUGAAUAGAAAGGAUCAACUUUAUAAAGAAGAAACUUAAUCAUGUAUUGAGGCCUAUUACUUCCUCCAUUCCACAAUAGAUGCAUUGUUUCUCAUUUGCGCACUAUUCAUCAAUUAACUUUGACAAUCAUUUUUUCACAGCUGUGUAAGAAAAAACAUAGUCAAGUGAGAUCUUGUUAAAUACGUAUUAAUGCAAGGAUUUCAAAUAUCACUUUUUAUAAUUUUUACUUAUGCGCGUUUAGAGAUAUUAAUAUUCAAAGAAGCGUAUUGACAUACGUGCAAAUAGAAAUGAUGCAUCCUUUGUGAAACGGAGGAAGUAUGUGUUAUGUGCUUUUGAGUUAAAUAUUGUAAUUAGCCUAAUUACAAUAUUUAACUCAAAAGCCCAUACAUGCUUGAUUUUCUUGCAGACUCUGAUCAUGAUACUUGUCUUUUGUUCAUUCCGCUAAUUUAAGGAAUAGAUCUCAGCAUAAUGGUUUAACUAGGAUGUGUGACAUUUUCACUAUUUGAUUUGAAAUGAAACAUUUGUAAUUCAA